GGACUAGGAGGCAGGAAUAUAUAUCGCCAGCGGUCCAUGGGUCAAUAUCAUAAUCUGAGGCAGCAAACGGAGCGGCAAACAAGUCGCCACAGGCAGCAAGGAGCAGUUGAGUUUCCCAUAAAUCAAAGCGUCGCAAUUUGCUGCUGACGAACUGCAACGCAACAGCAGCAACAAGAGCAACAUCGGCGGCAACAGCAACAACUAUGCCAUUACUGCUGGCAACAACACUCGCCAACAAUUCCCAUCAUCAACACUUGAGCUCCACGGCAGCAGCAGCAGCAGCAGCAACGGCAGCAACAGCAACCAUGUUGCUGACGUCGCCGACAGCAGCAACUCAUUGCCUUGCAACAGCAACUUCGGCAGCAGGUGUUAAUGUUCAAAUUACUGGCCAAGGCGUUUCAGCAACUCUAGUCGACGCUCAACUGCAACUGCAACUGCCGGCAAUGGCAGCAUCAGCGGCUAAUUAUGCCGCUAACGUUGGCCAUUUGAAUGGCUUUAACCCUAAAGACAACUGCCCACCAGUUCCACCCACCAAGGAGGCAUUUGAGGGAUUGCUGCGCCUGCCGCAGAUUCAAGUCAAGCAGGAAUUCAUGGAGUCGCCACCGGAGAGAUCCAGCUGCCAUCCCAUGGACCACAGUCACCAGCAGACGGCAGCGCUGGCUACAAGCUGUCGUGGCAAAACAAUAUUAAAUCCCUGGUAUCUAAGGCCAGCCGACGGCAUUGGAUAUCAUAAUUAUAAUGGCAGCAACAAUAGUGGGGAAAUCAACAAGGAUGUUGGCCAGCCGAUGACUUCCGCAUGUGGCGAUGGCCAGACAUGUCUGCCGGUUCCGUAUUUUGGCAUGGAGACGCUGGCAUCUGUCAAACAGAGACAGAAAUCCCUGCCAGAUUUUCUAAUACCGCUGCACGAAAUUAUGUUCCAACAACAUCAUUACCAGCAAAGGACAAUGGGUACAUUAAUUAAUAGUCUGCCGCCCAGCUUGGUCGGUGUGGGUGGCUAUCCACCCAAAACAGAGACGUUCAAGUCGUUAACCCCGCCGAAACCACUGCAGAAUCACCCGAAUCAUCAGAAUCACACCGGCGACCACUCCUUUGUCCGGCACUUUCACGAACGAGAUCGCCUCAUUCGGGAGCACCAGCUCAAGCAGCAGCAAUUGCGUGACGAGGAGGAGGAGGAAGUCCUGCAGGAACAAAAGCAGGACGAGGAGCACGAAGAGGAGUGCCUAGUGGUGGAGGAGCCGGGGAAGCCACAGGAUGUUCCAUCUGAGCUGGAGCAUAACCAUCAUUGGCAUGGCAUCGUUUGCGAUGCCAACGGUCAUGCCACGAAGCUGCUUCACAUUACCCCUCCGAAGGCAGGACCACCACUAGCACCACAACGAACGCCAGCCAGGCAGGUCCUCCCCCCGAAUCCCGCAUCCUUCGAGACCAUUGUGGUGCCACCCAAGGAGCCCAGCAUUUACGAGCAGCCAGCUCCAAACGGUCGACAUUGUCGUCCUGCCAACAAAGGAGAAGUCAACUUGUGGCCUAUGCUAAUGCAGGAAAAUGUGGAAGUGCAGGAAAAUGUGAAAAUGCAGGAGAGGGCGACAAUGGAGUCCAUGGAUAUUCUGAUCAGAAUGCAGGCGACAAAGGAUACGUUCCACACGCACACACUGAAACUCGGCUAA